AUGACUAUUGGUCCCGCCAAAAUGCCUUCGUUUUGGUUAGUUUGCGCAUGCGCAAUUUCUGAAAGUGAACUUUUUGAGGAUUCUGAUGAGGAGGAUGUUGACGAGGUGGAUGUCGACGAGGUGGAUGUUGACGAGCUGGAUGUUAACGAAGUGGAUGUUGACGAGGUGGAUGUUGACGAGGUGGAUUCUGUCGAAGUGGAUUCUGUUGUUGAGGACUCGGAAUCAGAUUCGUCUUCAAUGAACGAAUUACUGCUCUCUUCUCCGGAUAGACUGCUGAAGAAUAGACUGAGUAGCCCGGCAAUCCAUAGCUGA